AUGCAUCUAGUGACUUUGAUGUUCUUCUACCUGUUGGCAGCAACGACAGUAGACGGUUCGAUAACAGUCAAUUCACUCUAUCCAUGGCUGACGUUGCCACCGACGCCUAAACUUCCUCAACCUCGAAUUGGUCAAUACGCAAACAUCAAUAAUAUUCAAAUAUGGUACAAUAUUUAUGGAUCACAACAUGGCACGCCUAUUCUUUUUCUUCAUGGUGGCUUCGCCAAUAGUGAUUAUUGGGGACUUCAAAUUCUGGAACUGAGAUCUUCUUACAAAUGUAUUGUAAUGGAUUCUCGAGGACAAGGACGAAGUACAUCAUCAUCUGCCAGUAUUACUUAUGAUCUGAUGAUGACUGAUGUCAUCGGUCUAUUAGACUAUCUUGGAAUUAGUCGAGUUCACGUAGUUGGCUGGAGUGAUGGUGCAAUUAUUGGUCUCAAUUUGGCAAUGAACUAUCCCAAUAGAUUGAUUUCAUUGUUUGCAUUUGCAGCAAAUUAUAUUACAUCAGGUGUGAAAGACCUUUCUUCAUCGACUGUUUUCAAUGAUUAUCUGGAACGUGCUCGGAUCGAAUAUGAACUGCUGAAUCCUGUAAAAGAUUAUCAGAAUUUAUUUAAUAAUUUAACAACAAUGUGGACCACUCUUCCGAAUUGGAGUCAAGCUGAUUUUGGAAAGAUUCCAUCAAAUAUAUUUGUAUGGAUCGUAGACGCUGAUCAUGAAGAAGCUAUUUAUAGAGAUCAACCUGACACGAUGACUCUUUGGAUACCUCAAUCAGGAGAACUUAUCCUACCAAGAACGAGUCAUUUUGCUUUUCUACAGGAUUCUAAAACUUUUACAGAGGCUUUGGCACGAUUCAUGAUCCAGUCUACAUCGUUAAUGACAAAUCGAGUUGCUUAG